AUGGGUUCUGAACCGUUUACACUGAGGUGGGGUAUCUUGGCGACCGGAGGCAUAGCAACAAGUAACCAGCCGCCCCCUUCUUUCCCCAGCUCAUUCACAAAAGACCUCGUCAUCCCCUCUGACACGCGGGAUGCAUCCGAUAUCCGCCACGUGGUCGCCGCAGCAGCCUCCUCUACAUCCGCAUCUCGCGCUGCCGAGUUCCUGAAUUCGGUUGGCGCUCCAGACACGGCAAAAGCCUAUGGUUCCUACAAAGAGCUCGUGGAGGAUCCUGAUGUGGAUAUCGUCUAUGUAGCUACGCCGCACUCGCAUCACUACCAACACGCGCGUUUAGCUCUGGAAGCGGGAAAAAAUCUACUGAUUGAGAAACCCAUUACCGUCAACGCGAAACAAUGCAACGAGCUGAGGCGAUUGGCGAAGGAAAAGGGCAAGUUUAUCAUGGAAGCAGUAUGGACGCGUUUCUUCCCCCUGACACUCGAGGUAUGCUCCAUCCUCCAAAGUGGACGGCUAGGAGAGAUCAAGCGCGUCUUUGCCGAUUUCAGUUUCUGGAACGACGUCGACGGGGAAUUCGGGACGCAGCAUCGGAUGGUCAACCCGGAACUCGCGGGGGGCGCAUUACUCGAUUUGGGCAUUUAUAGUUUGACGUGGGUGUUUCUCGCGGCAUAUCAUACGCAGUCUGGAGAGAGGAGAGAGGAACCUGUCGUGCAGUCGGCGGUGAGCAAGUACAAGACGGGCGUCGAUGAGACGACGACUGUGCUUUGCCAUUUCCCCACUACUGGCGCACAUGCCGUGGCUACAACGAGUAUUCUUGUUGCUACAACUCCGAAUGCUGAACUUGCUAAUCCUGGUGGAGACGCAGUACGGAUUCAAGGGACCCUCGGUGACCUGACAGUGGACUAUGCACCAAGACCUAGGACAUACACGCUCACGCCUGCCGCUAAUGAGAAGAGGGGAAAACCCGCGGAUUUCGAGUACGAGGUUGUGGACAAGUACAAAGAGAUACCUGGGGGUGGACACGGCAUGUUCUGGGAGGCGGAUGAGUGUGCGAGGUGUAUUCGGGAUGGAAAGAUGGAGAGUGAGAUUUGUGGGCUUGAGGAGACGGAGGUUAUGAUGAAGGUCAUGGAUCAAGUAAGGAAGCAAGGGGGUGUGGUGUAUCUGGAAAGGAUUGAGAGUUUGGAGUGGCCGCUUGAAGGGUUUGGCAUAUGA